UUCCUGGACCGUGCCGCGAACGUCUCUGGCCCAGUUGUCCGCUACUCGACCCAGCUCCUCACAGUUGCGAACAUGGCGAUCUCCGAUCUUGCCGCCGAGGCAGAACAUCGCCUCAGACGUGCCAGAUUCCAACGUGCUGCCCGCGUGGCCAUGGACGACCUUCUCGCCACUCGUUCUGGCCUCCACGACUUGUUUGUCUAG